AUGCUGGACCCACCCCGGAAAGAGGUGAUGGGAUCUAUCCAGCUGUGCCGUGAUGCUGGCAUCCGUGUCAUCAUGAUCACGGGGGACAACAAGGGACGAGGAGGACAUGUUCUAUGGUCCCCACAGGUGGACCUGACCUUCGUGGGCUGCGUGGGGAUGCUGGACCCACCCCGGAAAGAGGUGAUGGGAUCUAUCCAGCUGUGCCGUGAUGCUGGCAUCCGUGUCAUCAUGAUCACGGGGGACAACAAGGGCACAGCCAUUGCCAUCUGCCGCCGCAUCGGGAUCUUCAGUGAGGACGAGGAGGUGCUGGGCAAGGCCUACACGGGCCGCGAGUUCGACGACCUGCCCCCCGCCGAGCAGCGUGAGGCCUGCAAGCGGGCCUGCUGCUUCGCCCGUGUGGAGCCUACCCACAAGUCCAAGAUCGUGGAGUUCCUGCAGUCCUUCGACGAGAUCACAGCCAUGACAGGCGAUGGGGUGAAUGAUGCCCCGGCACUGAAGAAGGCUGAGAUCGGCAUCGCCAUGGGCUCGGGAACAGCCGUAGCCAAGACGGCCUCCGAGAUGGUCCUGGCUGACGACAACUUCUCCACUAUUGUGGCGGCUGUGGAGGAGGGUAGGGCCAUAUACAACAACAUGAAGCAAUUCAUCCGCUACCUCAUUUCCUCCAAUGUGGGCGAGGUCGUCUGCAUCUUCCUCACAGCCGCCUUGGGCCUUCCGGAAGCCCUAAUUCCUGUGCAGCUGCUGUGGGUGAACCUGGUGACUGACGGGCUCCCAGCCACUGCCCUGGGCUUCAACCCUCCCGACCUGGACAUCAUGGACAAGCCCCCCCGCAGCCCCAAGGAGCCCCUCAUCAGUGGCUGGCUCUUCUUCCGCUACAUGGCCAUUGGCGGUAAAUCCCCCGUUCUCCCCCAAAGCCCCAGGCCUUCGGCCACGCACUCACCACCUUUACUCUACUUACGUUACAUUGGCAACACCUCCAUCAUAUGGACCCACGGGAAAGAGACCCUUGAAGAAUUCGACUGGGAGUUCAGCAACUUCUGCCCCACCAUCAACCUCAGCCUGGAUCAGUCACACAGGAGAGCCACGUCCUUGACAUCACAGCACUGCACAGAGCACAAUGAGGACUUUGAGGGGCUGGACUGCGAGGUGUUUGAGUCGCCAGUGCCCAUGACCAUGGCCCUGUCUGUGCUGGUCACCAUCGAGAUGUGCAACGCCCUCAACAGCCUGUCUGAGAACCAGUCCCUGGUGCGCAUGCCCCCCUGGGUGAACAUCUGGCUGCUGGGCUCCAUCUGCCUUUCCAUGUCCCUGCACUUCGUCAUCCUCUACGUUGACCCCCUGCCUAUGAUCUUCAAACUGACACCGCUGGACCUGCAUCACUGGUUGGUGGUGCUGAAGAUCUCCUUCCCCGUCAUCCUCCUGGACGAGGUGCUGAAAUUUGUUGCCCGGGACUACCUGGAGGCGGGUUCAGAAGACCCAAAGAGGAGGAAGAAGUGACACCUAUGGCCGCUAGAGAAACUGCAUCUUCACCCCUCCAGCGAAGAACCCCUCGGUGCCCCCUCUUAUUUAACAGCUGCUCUCCUCCCCCAAAGGCACGGCCCUCCUGCUCCUCCCCCACUGGGAGGGGUUUCCUUUGGAGGUUUGCCUGCUGCCUUUGGAGAAUAGGGGGAGGCUGCCGCCCCUCCUCCCGGCCUUCUGGCUACAAUUCGAGCUGCUGCUCUCUCUGAGCACCCCUGCCCCUCCUGUCUCCUUGCUGGCACCCAGCCUGCUGGCAUGUCACCAGCUCACACCUGCGACUCCGUGCGCAGCGGGCAGAGGGGGGCGAGAUGCCCAAGGUAACUGAACAGACAAAAGCCUUUUGUCGGCCAAGGUGUAGCGCCCCGAGGAGGAAACGAAGAGACCGUUCUAGCUGCUUAUUUAUUGACAUUAAACGAUAAACUCCA